AUGGAAACAAGUCGUGCGCGCUGGAACGCGCUAUGGCUGUGUUUUGCAUUGCUUUUGUUAAGGGUCCUGGCCGCUGCCGGCGCUCAGCAAGGAGAUGACGGCGGCGGCAGUGACCAUGGAAGCGACAACAAUGACCCCGAUACCAUAUCAGAUCCCACGACGAACCGACGAAUCACCAAGAGCCAGUUAGCAUACCAACUCAAAGUCGCUGAGUACGUGUGUGUGGCGGGCCUCACACUGUACGCAUGGGAGUAUCUCAUGACCAUUGGGCGCGAAAUCAGCAUGUGGCUCCAUCCACGCAGUUUGCUUCAUCCACAAGUGGCCUUGUUCCUCUUAAUUCGAUACGUGUCUAUCCCGCCAUUGGUCGUGACGUCGUACAGUCUGUGGGGGCAUUUCUCCAAGGCUGAAGAGUGUUUGAAACAUGAGCAGAUGACUGUGGCCAUUGUCCAAUUCGUCGUAUCAUGUGUGUUUUCAUGGCGUACGAUAGCAAUUUGGCGGCGAAAGCGCUGGGUUAUUAUAUUCAUGAUCAUGUUGUCCCUUGUGCUGUUUGGCACAACGAUUGGACUAUUGUACUUCUCGCGCGACUCUUUGGUCGUAGCCGGUGGUGCAUGUCGACCAGCGUUCGACUUUGACGGGGAGCAGCCCUCUGGCGUCAAUACAGUCAAAUGGUUCUAUCUAUGCGCGAUGAUUUUCGACACGGUGGCUAUGGGGCUGUCUACAUAUAAGCUCUUUACCUAUGCGAACAUGGGCCGGCGAUUGCAAAAGAUUACCUUUCGUGAUCCCUUCGAGAUGCACCGUCAACAGCUGGAGAAAAGCCAGGUCGGUCCGACAUACGUACCGCCUGACCAGCUGGGCACGGAUCUCGACCCGUACGAGUCAGAGUGCGUCAGGCCCAUGCCACACGUGGUCCGCCGCUGGUGCUCGAAUAUUGCAUCCGUCGUGUUGAUUCCUUACCACACGGUGCAUAGCAUGUACAACUGGUGGAUGUCACUCACGCCGCUCGUUGCGCGGCUCCUGCGCAAUGGCAUUGUGUUUUUUGUCGUGGCUACCGCAUACAACGUCAACAAUUUCGUCCUCGAGGCACGGAAUGCUCUGCAUUCCAAAAGUUUCCUCGCACUAUACUCGCCCCUCAUGUGUGUAUUGUGUCAACGUAUGCUACUCCGCGAGUUUGACGAAGUGUGGUCCUCUGUCGAUGUGGACCUCGAAUACCCAGGACGCCAACUUGUUGACCGUGUCGUUGGUCCCACGGCUCCUACAUCAUCGCAGACGCCGCAGCUUGAUCGAUUCGAACGCUUCGCCUCCGCGCUAGAGGAACGGCAUGCAUCGCUAAUGUCGCCGACUAGACGGAGGCGGAGUGACUCAGAGGCACAAAUGCCACCCUCGUCACCGCCGUCCAAUGAGACAGUCCAAGCUCCAAGCUCCGCCGAGAAGGAGCCUUAUACGGAUGUGCCGAAUGUGGUACUUCCUACUCCGUCGCGCAAUUUGUCAUUCGCAUCGAUCCACGUCAGUCCUCGUACAUCCAAUGUAUUCACAGGCUCCAUGCAGCCGCCCGCCCCGGUUUUCCAGUCAUUCACACCGCCGAAGCUUACGUACGCACAGGAGCAACAAGCGUUGCGGAUGGCCGGCCUGUUUUAA